AUGGUGUUUGGUACCGACGAACAAUGGGUGGCAGAUCUGAUCGAAAGGAUCAACAUUCCCAAAUUCAAUCGCGGUUACAGAUAUCUGUUGACAGUCGUCAACGUGUUUUCCAAGUACGGGUGGGUGGAACCCGUCAAGACCAAGAGUGGCCAAGACGUGACAAUCGCCUUUGAGAAGAUUUUGAAACGGAGUCAAGGUCGACAACCUCAGAAUCUUCAAACGGACGACGGCAAAGAAUUUGACAAGAAACACUCCCAAGCUUUGAUGAAAAGGAAAAACAUUCGUCAUUUCUCUACCAGUGGAGACACCGAAGCCAGCGUCGUGGAACGAUUCAAUCGCACCUUGAAAGAAAGAUUGUAUCAAUAUUUUACCAUCAAGAAUACAUUGACGUUCUCAACCGUGUUAUAG